AUGACUCGCGACACAACUGAGUCUGUGGUGGAGGCCGACGAUUCGGCUGGAAAGGAGUAUAGCGAGUUGGAGGGAUCCGUGGUCAAGGAGGUUGAAGCUGAUGCAGUGGUGGCUGGCGGUGGUGAAAUGGGUUGCUUGCGGCGGGAUCGUGGCUGGGGGAAAGAGAUGAAAGUUAUUAGGGGCUGGGCAAGACGCAACGAGGAAAAUGAAAUGGGGAAUGGGGUGACGAGAGGGUGGUGGUGCGUGGUGGCUGGCAGAUUCGUAGCAAGGUGA